AUGGCAGACCGCAAACGGCAGCGCAGUCUGUCGAGCGACAGCAGCUCAGACUCGUCAUAUGCCGGGUCAGACGCCAUGGACUUGCCCUCGCCACCGGGAUCACCACGUCGACAGCCAGCCCCCAAAUACCAUCGUGCACCUGAAGCCGAACGCACACACCUGUGUGUCCUUCCUCCGACGUGCUCUCAGCCGGACACUGCACAGGCAUUCGCGACUCUCGAUGAGCUCGAAGCUCACCAAGCGGCGUUCCACCGUUGGAUAUGUCAUGUCCCCAUUCGUGACAAGCCGGGGCGUGUCGGUGAGGGGGAGCCCGUGGUGAUGCCAGAGCAGUUUGCCGGGCGCGCAGCUCACAGCGCUCCUGGACCCAGUGGGCAGCGCUGGAGAGAGUGCGGUAAAGCGUUUCCAGAUGAGCGUCUGCUGGACCUGCAUCACACCGAGACUCAUGACCCCAUUGCGCGCGAGCGACAGGAGCGCGGCGAGAAGAUUUUUGCGUGCUUCCUGCCUCCCGACCAAUGCUCAAAGAUCUUUCUUACUCCCAAGAAGCGUCGACAGCACCUGAUUGAAAAGCACCGUGCGUCACGUUGCCUCGAGUUCAACGCUGACGGUAGACUUUCCCGUGGCAUACUUCUUCUCCAUUACCAACCAUGGCGUAGGUGUUUACACUCUUAUCUUGGGCUCACCUCUCAGCUCAACCAGAUUGCGCGCACCGAGGGACCUGCCGCAAGCCUCAUCCGUCCCCGAGUCGACCGCCCGCCGGCCCCCGCUGCACUUGACGCGAAGCCGUCGUCCUCGACAUCAGUCCACCGCACAUCGCACGCCCAGGGCCAUGGGAACGACGGUGACCACGGCCAUGUACCACACCUUGCGCCCAUCGCGGGCCACAACCCAGGCCAUCAGGCGCCAAUCCGUGCUGAGCACGACGACAUGGACAUGGACGCCCUUGCGGCUAAAAUGGCGACGCUCGAGAGCAGCCUUACAGGAGGCCGCCGAGGCCGCCUCGUCACUCGACUAGCAACGUCGGCUCCGCAAUCUGCGACGCUACAGCAGCCACACCGUGUCGCGCCGGACAGCACCAUCACCAACACAACCAUGUCCAUCUACGCCCCGCGCCAUUGUACCCCAGGUCUCAUCUUCACAAGCGACACUGCCUCGUCCGUCUGCGGGAUUCACGUCUCCAAAGGGGCGCCAACAGAGGCACCUGUCGGCUUUCACGAUAUCCAAGAUUUUGCCCAGUCCCUCAUCCUUGUCUCUCUUUGUCCAUCUGCGCCCCGUCAGGUCCCGCACAAUCCGAGAGCUACCUAG